GCCGUUGUAGAUAGUACCUACUCUAUUAGAUAGUACUACUAAUAGUAGACAUUAGUUUAAUAGUAAGUGUAGUCUGUGAAUUGUGAUUUACAUUGUAUCAAAGUAUUCUAGUCUCUACGUCUCUACAGCAGCUGCAAUACCGUCAUAUUCAAACCGCCACCCGUUUACAUACCGUAGAUAACAAUCUAAAAUGUCUAAUACCUACCUUAAUUAAUAUUCAUUAUUUAUAAGAAAAUAAAAAAAUAUUAUGUCAAACCAUUGUAUUUAACCAUUGUUUUUUGAGUCGUCUGGUAUUCAAUAUUUCAAUCGUCAUUCACGAGCCAAAGUACAAACUAACAUUAAAAAUAAUUAUCAUCAAAUUAUCUCGUUACAUAAAACUUUAAAGUAUUUGCUACAUGCCUAAUUGAAUAAUAUCCGGAAUAUAAUACUGUAAUGACCCAUGAUUUAUUCGCUAAGUUGCAAUUAGGUGUGGCAUAGGUAAUUAUCUCUUCUUUCACUCAGUCAAAAAGUAUCCAAUUGAUAAAUUACUAACUUCGUAAUUAAAAAAAAAGAGUAAGAUAAAAUGAGUCCUAAAAUAUUUGUCAACAUCUUGACUUCUCCAAAGUCUUUAUUUAAAAAACAAAUAACAUAUGGAAUAUAUGUUCAGCAAAUAUACAGACGCUGGAAGAAUGAAUCACAUCUGCCGCCUAAGGACUUUAGUAAUUUACAGACUAUGCAAGACAUUAAACUAAAACUAUCCAAUAUAAUGGGUAUAUCUGGAAAAUAUGAAAAUGAAGAAAGAGGAUGGUUGGCUGAGUAUUUGCCAAAGGAACAAAGUGACCUACCACCUCGCUCUAUGAAUGACAGUUUUGAUAGAGCUAUAGUUCCCUUGAGCACUAACUUGACAUUGCAAAAUAAAUACACUACAACAUUUAAAAGCUUACGAAUUGGACGCCUUUUAGAAGAUAUGGAUCUUUUUGCUGUUUGGAUUGUUAUGAAGCACAUUUAUAAUCCAAUGCAACCAUUGGAUGUUCCAACACCAUACGUUGUUGUAACAUUACUGGUAGAUGAUGUUGUCAUAAAUGCUAAUCGAUUUCCAGAUAAAGACUUAAUUCUUAGUGGGCAAGUAACUCAUGUUGGGAAAACUUCAUUGGAGGUUACUUUGUGGCUUGAACAAUUAAAUGAUGAUAAAUUUGAGCGCAUUACCAGAGCUCAUUUUGUGUUUGUUGCCAGAGAUCCAACAAAUACAUCAUCUGUCAUGGUAAAUAAUUUAGUACCAGUCGGAGAGCGUGAAAAAAAUCUAAUGAUUCUUUCCGCAAAAAAAAACGAGGAUAGAAAAUUGGCUCGUCAAAAUUCAAUAUUGAAUAAAAUGCCAACACCAGAAGAACAAUCACUUAUAUACGACACAUUUAUGAAAACGGUUGACAGAAAAGAGCCAAUAAUUGGUAAUAAAGUAUUACCACAAAAUAGUGUGUGGAUGGAUGAUACUAUGCUUGAGACUAACAUUCUUUGUCAUCCUGAAGAUCGAAACUUACAUAAUACAGUUUUUGGUGGUUAUUUGAUGCGUGUUGCUACUGAACUUGCAUUCUUAGUAGCAAGUGCGCACAGCAAAACAAGAGUAACAUUACAAGCAAUUAAUAGUAUUACUUUUCGAAAACCAGUUCCAAUUGGUAGCAAAUUGAAAUUAAAUGGACAGAUAUGUUAUACCAGUGGUAGAGUAAUGAUAGUAGAAGUUAUUGCCAAGGUCGAAGAACUUGAAAGUAAAAAAAGUUUAACUUCAAACUCAUUUUACCAUGUUUAUGUUGCUCCGAAUGAUGUUGAUUCAGUAUUACCUCAGAACUAUCAUGAUUCUAUGCUAUAUAUUGAUGGACGUAGACGGUACUUGGAUUUUGUCAAUCACUUAGAAAAAGGACAAUCAGAGAGUAACUAACCUGAUUGUGGGAAUGGGGUUUAUAAUAUUUUGAAGGAGUUUAAUGACACAUUCUAAUAAACUAAUUGAUUAACUUUUAAGUAUCUAUGAUAAGACAUUUUAAAACUAAAUGGGUGUUGGCAAACAGUCAUUGUUCAAUACCAAAUUAAGUUUCAAUAAAAAAAAAAAAUUUUUUUUUAUAUAAAAGUUACCUCUUUAAUUUUAAAAACUUAACAUUUUUUAGUUUAUAACUUGUUAACUAAUAGUAUUGUUUUGUAACUAUUUGCGUAAUAACUUUUUUACUAUUAUAUCAUACCUAGUAUUAAAAAUAUUUGUAUGCAUUUUAAAUCAACCUAAUAUUAGUCAUGCGGAAUUCAUAGCAUUAGCUUUAGCUGUCAUAGCAUGCAGGAAUCAUUAAAAAACAAGUAUUUUUGUGGUACCGACAAUUCUGUAUGUUUGAUCUCUAUUUAAAACUAUUGAGUUUGUACAUACAUAACAAAUAUAUGAUCAAUAAUCGUAAUCAUAUGUACAACUUAAAUGGAUAUUCUUGUCAAGAAUCUUACAGGACGCAAGUAACAUGUAGUUUAAUCAAGUACAUUAUUGAAUAUUAUGUGAAUGAUAGACGCUUAUGCUGUGAAUCCGGCAUCAUAAAUAUAAACAUAAGUUCA